GAGAGGGCGGCCAAGUGGAGGAUGCAAGACGGCCAGAUGGACGGACUGACCACCAAUGGUGUCCUGGUGAUGCACCCGCGUCACGGCUUCAGCCAGGACUCCAGACCCGGCCUGUGGAGGGAAAUCUCAGUCUGCGGCGACGUCCUCAUGCUGCGGGAGACGAGGUCGGCUCAGCAGAGGGGGAAGACGGUUUCUUCUGAGUCCAACGAGUUGGUGGAUGGUUCGCUCAUCGACCUGUGCGGCGCCACCCUGCUGUGGCGGACGGCCGAGGGCCUGGCGCACACUCCCACCGUCAAACACCUGGAGGUGCUGCGGCAGGAGCUGAACGCCGGGCGGCCGCAGUGUCCGGUGGGCUUCAAUACGCUCGCCUUCCCCAGCCUGCGCCGCAAAGACGUCCUGGACGAGAAGCAGCCCUGGGCUUACCUGCGCUGCGGCCACGUGCACGGCUACCAUGGUUGGGGGGGGCGUCGCCACCCCGAGGUGGAGGUGGACUGUCAGGAGAGAGAGUGCCCCAUGUGCCGGGCACAGGGCCCCUACGUGCCGCUGUGGCUGGGCUGUGAGGCGGGAUUCUAUUUGGAUGCAGAGCCCCCCACUCACGCCUUUGUCCCCUGUGGUCACGUCUGCUCCAAGAAGACAGCGGCGUACUGGAGUCAGAUCCUGCUGCCGCACGGCACGCACGCCUUCCAUGCCGCCUGCCCAUUCUGCAUCCAGCCGCUGAGCGGAGACGUCGGCUGCAUCAGACUCAUCUUCCAAAGUCCACUGGACUAAGACCAAUCAGACGUCUUGUCUGAAGCGUCUGCACGGAACAAUGAGCUCUGAGUUUGAGAACUUUCAUAGUUUAAUCCUUAAAAUUAAAUGAAUUUAACUUCAUUUUGACACAUUUACGUCAUUUAUUGAUUUCUACUCUUUUUUUAAUAUUUAUAUAUGACUCUGGCAGUUUUGACCUCAUGUGUGAUUUAUUUAUUCUUUUGUAAAUUAAUUUAACAGCGGCCAUGUUUCCCAGCGUUUUCACUCAAACUGAUUUCUGUGUCCGUUCAUCCAUGAAUGUUUUGAUCUGUUUCCCUGGAACUUCGAUUGUUAAUAAAAAUGGACGACAAGUCUCCA